AUGGCACAGUCCUUCGACAUCCCCGACUCCACGGACUGGUUAGACACACCGCUUUCACUACUCGCGCCACUGGAGAACUCUCUACGAUGCCAGAUCUGCAAGGACUUUUUUGCCAAUCCCGUUCUUACUUCCUGUUCGCAUACAUUUUGCUCACUAUGCAUCCGUCGCUGCCUCAGCAAUGAGGGAAGAUGUCCUACAUGCCGUCUUCAGGACCAAGAACUGAAGCUCAGGAGGAACUGGAUCGUACAGGAAUUGGUGGAGCAGUUCCAGAACGCGCGUGAGCCCAUGCUCUCUCUUGCGAAGAAGGAGGCGGCACGACUUGCAAAUGGAGGAGACGAUACUCAGCAGCCUUUGGCCAAGAAACGGAAGGUCGGCCAGAUAGAGCAAGACAAUGAGCCCGAAGCAGCAGAGUCAGGUUCGCAACGCAUGCGCACGAGAUCCCGUGGCGUUAGAGUGGAAAUGUCGGCCCAAGUCGAGGAACCGCAGAUUAUUGAGGAUAGUCAGGAUGACGAUGAAGACUUUGUCCCAGAGGAUGGACUUUACCCUUGUCCUCUCGAAUGCGGCCUGAGGAUGAAGGAGGCGGCGAUGUUCUCCCAUGUUGGUGUCUGCACCGGCCAAAAAGCCCCAAGCCCCGCUAAACCGCAGGUAACCUUUCGACCUAUACAACCCCAACAACCAGCUACCCAGAGUUUCGUCGACCCACCUGAAAGACUCCCCGCUAUAAAUUAUUCCCUAUUGAAAGAUGGACAGUUAAAGAAAAAGUUUCGAGAGCUUGGCAUCCCGGAAUGGGGGAACAGGUCGCUAUUGCAGAGACGUCAUACCGAGUGGAUGAACCUUUGGAACGCUAAUUGCGACUCUCGGAAUCCCAAAUCAAAGAAGGAACUUCUCAAAGAGCUCACCAUCUGGGAGAAGACACAGGGAGGGGCGCAAAUACCAUUUGCAUCCAAUGCGGAUGAGAUCGCACGCAAGGAUUUCGACAGAGAGAGAUGGUCUUCUAGCCACGAUGAUGAUUUCAAGCGUCUGAUCGCGAAUGCGCGGAAGAAGAGUGAUGCUCAAAUAAGGUCCACUAUCCCUGGAGCUUCACAAGGUCUCAAGGAGAAUGCAUCAGCGCCGGCAAGACCCUUGGAAACUCCGCUGGAGAAAAGUGAUCCUGUGGUGAUCGACUCAGAUGGUCAUUGA